UGGUUCGAGUGUGUCAGCAUGAUGGUGAUUCUACUGAACUGUGUUACCCUGGGGAUGUACCAGCCUUGUGAUGAUAUGGACUGCCUCAAUGACCGGUGCAAGAUCUUGCAGGUAUUUGAUGAUUUCAUCUUCAUCUUCUUUGCCAUGGAGAUGGUGCUGAAGAUGGUGGCCCUUGGGAUCUUUGGCAAGAAGUGUUACCUUGGAGACACCUGGAACCGCCUGGAUUUCUUCAUUGUGAUGGCUGGGAUGGUGGAAUAUUCCCUGGACCUGCAAAACAUUAACUUGUCUGCAAUCCGUACUGUCCGUGUCCUGAGGCCCCUCAAAGCCAUCAACCGGGUGCCUAGCAUGCGGAUCCUGGUGAAUUUGCUCCUGGACACCCUGCCCAUGCUGGGGAAUGUUCUGCUUCUCUGCUUCUUUGUCUUCUUCAUCUUUGGCAUCAUCGGAGUACAGCUGUGGGCUGGUCUGCUCAGGAACCGCUGUUUCAUGGAGGAGAACUUCACAAUACAAGGCGACAUCAUUCUCCCCCCCUAUUACCAAGCCGAGGAGGACGAUGAGAUGCCCUUCAUCUGUUCACUGUCAGGAGACAAUGGCAUCAUGGGAUGUCAUGAAAUCCCCCCACUGAAGGAGAGGGGCCAUGAGUGCUGCCUGGACAAGGAUGACUAUUAUUACUACAACUCCGUCCGGCAGGAGUUCAAUGUCAGCGGCAUGUGCGUCAACUGGAACCAGUACUACAACGUGUGCCGCACAGGCAAUGCCAACCCACAUAAGGGUGCCAUCAACUUUGACAAUAUCGGUUAUGCCUGGAUUGUUAUAUUUCAGGUGAUCACACUGGAAGGGUGGGUGGAGAUCAUGUAUUAUGUGAUGGAUGCUCAUUCGUUCUACAACUUUAUCUACUUUAUCUUGCUGAUAAUCGUGGGCUCUUUCUUCAUGAUCAACCUGUGCCUGGUGGUCAUAGCCACUCAGUUCUCUGAGACCAAGCAGCGGGAGCACCAGCUGAUGCAGGAACAGCGAGCACGGUACUUGUCCUCCAGCACCGUAGCCAGCUACACAGAACCAGGAGACUGCUACGAGGAGAUCUUCCAGUAUGUUUGCCACAUUGUGCGCAAAGCCAAGCGUCGCACACUUAGCCUCUACAACAGCCUGCAGGACCGACGUCAGGGCCGGAUGGAGCCAGGCAGUGCCAAGCUCGGUGUGAACAGGAAAGGACAGAGACACCAUAGGCAUUGCCGGAAACACAACUGUCUUGAAUACACUCCUCAUGCCCUCGUCCAGCCCAUUGCUAUGACCCUGACCUCUGACCCCAACAACUGCCCCAGAUGUCACAGGGUGCAGCACGAGGCAGCCUGGAGGCUCUCCAUCCUGGACAGUGCUGAUUCGGACCAGGAGGAAGGAGGGGCCGGUGAAGAGCAAGGAGAAGGAAGAAGAGGAAGCAAGGGUGCCGCAGAUCUGGAGAAGGAGGAAGAGGAAGGUGAAGAGGGCGGAUGGCUGAGGCUCUGUGGUGACCUGUGGCGAGAAGUGAGGGUCAAACUAAGGGGGAUUGUGGACAGCAAGUACUUCAACCGUGGGAUCAUGAUAGCCAUCCUAGUAAACACCAUCAGCAUGGGCAUAGAGCACCAUGAACAGCCAGAAGAACUGACCAACAUCUUGGAGAUCAGCAAUGUUGUGUUCACCAGCAUGUUUGCCCUGGAGAUGAUCCUGAAACUUGCCGCCUUUGGCCUCUUUGAUUACCUCCGCAAUCCCUACAACAUCUUCGACAGCAUCAUUGUCAUCAUCAGCAUCUGGGAGAUCAUUGGCCAGUCAGAUGGGGGGCUGUCAGUGCUGAGAACUUUCCGUCUCUUGCGGGUGCUGAAGCUCGUACGUUUCAUGCCUGCUCUGCGACGCCAGCUGGUAGUGCUGAUGAAGACCAUGGACAAUGUGGCCACUUUCUGUAUGCUCCUUAUGCUCUUCAUCUUUAUCUUCAGCAUCCUGGGAAUGCACAUCUUUGGGUGCAAAUUCAGCCUCCGGACAGACACCGGAGACACAGUGCCUGACCGGAAGAAUUUUGACUCGCUGCUCUGGGCCAUCGUCACUGUGUUCCAGAUCCUGACCCAGGAGGACUGGAACGUUGUGCUGUAUAAUGGCAUGGCCUCCACCUCACCAUGGGCAUCCCUUUACUUUGUGGCCCUCAUGACCUUUGGCAACUAUGUCCUCUUCAAUCUACUGGUGGCUAUCCUGGUGGAGGGCUUCCAGGCUGAGGGUGAUGCCAACCGGUCGUACUCGGACGAAGAUCAGAGUUCAUCAAACAUGGAGGACUUUGACAAGUUCCAGGACAGCCAGGAUGUCUCAGAUCCCAGGCUCUGUGCAAUUCCCAUGACCCCAAAUGGACACCUUGACCCCAGCCUACCUUCUUCCAACCAGCCAGUGGCAGCUGGUGGGGUCACAAGUUCUGCCCGGAAUUCCCUGCAGCCAGACCAGAUCCUCAUUGCCUUGGGUUCCAGGAAGAGCAGUGUGAUGUCACUGGGGAGAGUGACCUACGACCAGAGGUCACUGUCCAGCUCUCGCAGUUCUCACUAUGGUGCAUGGGGCCGCAGCGGGGCCUGGGGGAGCCGCCGCUCCAGCUGGAACAGCCUGGCUCGGAGACACAGCCUAAAACAGAAGUCUCCAUCUGCCGAGCAUGAAUCUCUGCUGUCUGGGGAAAGGCACAGGGUGGCGGAUGGAGAACGAGACGGGAUGGGAAGGGCCCCUCAUCACCGGCGGACGCUCUCGCUGGACACCAAAGAUUCCUGUGACCUGGUGGAGCUGAUGUCAUCAGUCCCAUCCAGUCACAGGGCAGCACGGAAGGUGGGUGUGGCUCUGGGCACCAGCGAGCACCAGGACUGCAAUGGCAAAAUGCCCAAUAUCGCUAAGGAGAUUUUUCCAAAGAUGGACGACCGCAAGGAACAUGGAGAGGACGAGGAAGAGAUAGACUAUAGCCUGUGUUUCCGCAUCCGGAAGAUGAUGGACGUAUACAAGCCAGACUGGUGUGAGAUACGGGAGGAUUGGUCCAUCUACCUCUUCUCUCCACAAAACAGGUUCCGCAUCCUCUGCCAAACCAUCAUUGCUCACAAGCUCUUUGACUAUGUUGUUCUGGCCUUCAUCUUCCUGAACUGCAUCACCAUUGCCCUGGAGAGACCGCAAAUUGAACAUCGGAGCACGGAGAGGAUCUUUCUGACCGUAUCCAACUACAUUUUCACAGCAAUCUUCGUAGCUGAGAUGACACUAAAGGUGGUCUCUCUAGGCCUAUAUUUUGGGGAGCAGGCCUAUCUCCGCAGCAGCUGGAACAUCCUAGAUGGCUUCUUGGUCUUUGUGUCCCUCAUUGACAUUGUGGUCUCAGUGGCCUCUGCUGGAGGAGCUAAAAUUCUGGGGGUGCUCCGGGUUCUCCGACUGCUGCGCACUUUACGUCCUCUCAGGGUCAUCAGCCGUGCCCCAGGCCUGAAGCUGGUGGUGGAGACACUCAUCUCAUCCCUCAAACCCAUUGGGAACAUUGUCCUCAUUUGCUGUGCCUUCUUCAUCAUCUUUGGCAUCCUGGGUGUGCAGCUCUUCAAGGGGAAGUUCUACCACUGCCUUGGGGUUGACAUCCGUAACAUCACCAACAGGUCUGACUGUAUGGCCGCCAAUUACAAGUGGGUACACCAAAAGUACAACUUUGACAACCUUGGACAGGCCCUGAUGUCCCUCUUCGUUCUGGCCUCCAAAGAUGGUUGGGUCAAUAUUAUGUAUAAUGGACUAGAUGCUGUGGCUGUUGACCAGCAGCCAGUGACCAACAACAACCCCUGGAUGCUCCUUUACUUCAUCUCAUUCCUCCUCAUCGUCAGCUUCUUCGUUCUCAACAUGUUUGUGGGGGUGGUGGUGGAGAACUUCCACAAGUGCCGGCAGCAUCAGGAGGCAGAGGAGGCACGCCGGCGGGAGGAGAAGCGCCUGAGGCGCCUGGAGAAGAAGCGCAGGAAGGCGCAGCGCUUGCCGUAUUAUGCCACCUACUGCUCUGUCCGCCUCCUCAUCCAUUCGGUUUGCACCAGCCACUACUUGGACAUCUUCAUCACCUUCAUCAUCUGCCUCAACGUCGUCACCAUGUCCCUGGAGCACUACAACCAGCCAGUGUCUCUUGAGACUGCCCUGAAGUACUGCAACUACAUGUUCACCACAGUCUUUGUGCUGGAGGCGGUUCUGAAGCUGGUGGCAUUUGGACUGCGGCGAUUCUUCAAAGACAGGUGGAACCAGCUGGACCUGGCCAUUGUGCUGCUGUCGGUCAUGGGCAUCACGCUGGAGGAGAUUGAAAUCAACGCAGCUCUCCCCAUCAACCCCACUAUCAUCCGCAUCAUGAGGGUGCUGCGCAUUGCCCGGGUGCUGAAGCUACUGAAGAUGGCGACAGGGAUGCGGGCGUUACUGGACACAGUUGUGCAAGCUCUACCACAGGUGGGGAACCUCGGACUGCUCUUCAUGCUUCUCUUUUUCAUCUACGCUGCUCUAGGAGUGGAACUCUUUGGGAAGCUGGUGUGCAAUGACGAGAACCCCUGUGAGGGCAUGAGCCGCCAUGCCACCUUUGAGAACUUUGGGAUGGCCUUCCUCACGCUCUUCCAGGUCUCCACUGGCGACAACUGGAAUGGAAUCAUGAAGGAUACCCUGCGGGACUGCACCCAUGAUGACCGGAGUUGCCUCAGCAACCUGCAGUUCAUCUCGCCACUCUACUUUGUCAGCUUCGUGCUCACAGCCCAGUUCGUCCUCAUCAACGUGGUGGUAGCUGUGCUCAUGAAACACCUCGACGACAGCAACAAGGAGGCGCAGGAGGACGCAGAAAUGGAUGCCGAGAUUGAGCUCGAGAUGGCACACGGGCUCUGCCCCCGCACCGUGGGCUCCCCGAGCUCAGGACAGGGAGGAGGAGGUGAAGGAGGUGGGAGAGUGGACCCUGAAGCACGUCUGUGCAUGAGAUGUUUCUCUCCAGCACAGGAGAACUUAUGGCUGGACAGUGUCUCUUUAAUUAUUAAGGACUCCUUCGACGGGGAGUUAAUGAUCAUCGAUAACCUAUCGGGCUCCGUCUUCCAUCAUUACUCCUCGCCGGCCAUGUGCGAGAAGUGUAACCAUGACAAGCAAGAGGUUCAGCUGGCUGAAAUGGAAGGCUUAUCCCUCAAUUCAGACAAGUCUUCUUCCAUCCUGCUAGGGGAUGAUUUAGACAAUCGCAGCAUCUGUCAGUUGAGUCCUAAGGAGACCAAGAAUGGCCAGAACAGCCCUGACUCCAUGGGCAUGGGAGAUUUGGGGGAAUGUUUCUUCCCAUUAACAACUACAGUUGCUUCUCCAACUCCAGAAGGUUACUUGUGUGAAAUGGAGAAAAUCCCUUUCAACCCCGUCCAGUCCUGGCUGAAGCAUGAGAGUAAUCAAGUUCCCCCCAGAUCCUUUUCUCCAGGUACAUCCAGGCCACUGUUACCUGUACCAGCAGAGUUUUUCCACCCAGCCAUCUCUGCCACCCAGACUGGGCAGGAGAAGGUUUCCUGUCCAGGCAGCCUUCCUAAAAUCUCUCUGCAGGGUUCAUGGGCAUCACUGCGAUCCCCAAGUGUGAACUGCUCACUACUCCACCAGGCCACGGAGAGCGACAACUCCCUCAAUGACAGCAGGAGCAGUAGCUCAGAAGGCAGCUUGCAGACCACCCUGGAGGACAGCUUGAACCUUAGCGACUCACCCCAGUGCACCCUGGACCUCCCGGUGGCACUGUGCCCGAUGCCAACGGCUGCCAGCCAAAGAACCAGGGCAGUUCCACUUUCCCCUGCCUCCCGGAGGCGGAACCUGCGGGGCCGCGGGAUAUUCAGCCUGCAGAGCAUCAGGCGGCAUCAGCGGAGCCACAGCAGCGGAGGGAGCACGAGCCCUGGGUGCACUCAUCAUGACUCCAUGGACCCUUCUGACGAGGAGGGCGCGGGGAGCAGCCUGAGGGGUGGCAACAACAGCGAGCAGUCAGAGACCCUCAGCAGCCUCUCCCUGACAUCCCUUUUCUCCCCACCCCUACCGCCCCCAGGCCGGGCGCUUGUGAAGAAGUGCAACAGCACAAGCAGCCUCAAUGCCAACCCCUCUUCCCGAGGGCCCACCACCAACGAAGCCAAGCCGUUCUACUCGGUUGACCCCCGGGGGUUCCUCUCCAUGCCCUCCUGGGUGACGGACUUCUGCAAGGACACCCCCUCACCGGGUGAUGGCGAGGGGUCAGAAAGCCCCGAUAAACUGGGGAUGGCAGACCGCAGCUCCCCACUCCCUUCUGAGCUGGAGUUGGGCAAUGGAGUCAGCAAGAGGAACAGAUGAGGGUCCCUGGGGUAGGGAGGGGAGUGAGCAGUGUGGGCAAGGGUGCGCCUUGUGCUACCAUUUCCUAGCAGCAAUUCCAAAGGACUGUGGGAAAAAGAAACAUGUAAACACAAGCGAUAUA